AUGAGACUGCGCAACGAACAGCAUGACUUAACUCAAAUGAGAGCCUCCUUAAAGGCUAAAUUGGAAUCUCGCUUUAGCUCCUUGAGUGAAGAUCCGACUUACCUUAUUGCAACAUUUUUAGACCCCAGAUUUAAAACAAACUAUUUGGGAGCAGUUGAAUUCGAAAGAGCGCGACAGAAGAUCUUAUUGGAAUACCUAAAAAUGACUUGCGACGAGUCUUUUAACAGCGGUAGUUCAUCGGGGUUUCCAAUACCUAUUAAAAGAGUCAGAGAAACUAAUUCAAAUGUAACUUGCGAAUCUCACGACACAUUUUGGAAUUGUUUUGAUGAAGUAGCAAAUAAAAACAAUAUUCAAUGUCGCGACCAGGAAAAAAACCCAAUUGCAAACGAGAUCGACUACUAUUUGAAGACGGUUCGAAUUGAUCGCAGCCGCGACCCUUACACUUGGCGGUCAGUUAACUCGAAACACUAUCCAUAUUUAACCAAGUUUGCCAAAGCUGGCUUGGUGUACGAAAAUAAGCGAAAUCGACUGCCACCAUAAUUUACCACUUAUUAAUUUUGACUAUUAAAAGAUAAUUUUAGGUUUUCAGAAGAAGGUUAUUUUUUUUUGUUCUUUGUGACUUUUUGUGUUUUUGUAACUUUUUCAGCUUUAAAUAAAAGCAAGUCAUAAUUUUAAGCCAUUUUGUUAUUAUUAAUAAUUAUUAUUAUUUACCACAAAAAGAUUUAUGUAUUAAAGUUGAUUUCAGGGAAUUGUCAC